UGAACGGCGACGCUCACGAUGCUUCAGCCGCCAUCCAUCGUCCUCCUGUACCUCUCUCGUCUCUAACCGCAUCGCGAUUGAUACCCGUACCCUCUGCCUCGAACCCUAGCGCAACCCAGACUCUCGCCGUGAUGUCGCUCUUCGGCGAUGACGAUCUGCCUGCGCGGCCAAAACAGUCCACUCUCUUCGAUGACGAGCCGAAACCAGCAGCCAGGUCAGGCUCGAGCCUGUUCACAGAUGACUUCAACGAUGCCGGCGACUCUCCCUGGGGCCUUCCGACGCCCAAGAAGGCAGCGCGCGGGAAUCUGGUGAAGACGCUGCUGGGAAGUGGGGACGUGCCAGAGAGCUAUGUCGAUGCAUUCGAUGCGCUGAUUGCAUCUGGCGACCGUACAGGAAGCGGAGUGAGCCUCGCUGGAGUGAAGAAGCUGUUGGCAGACAGCGGACUGCCGGCCGACGUUCAGGCCACCAUCGUGGGCAUCGUGGCCCAACCGGGACAGGACUCGACUGCUGGAUUCGGCAGGGGCGAGUUCAAUGUCUUGCUCGCCCUCAUUGGCCUGGCGCAGGAAGGCGAGGAUGUGACACUGGACAGCGUGGAUGAUCAUAGACGACACCUCCCAGAACCCUCGAUCAAACUACCCACGCCUCCACAAGUUGCGAAACCAACGACUCCUCUACCUCCCCAUACUCCUGCUACGCCUCGAAGCCAGCCGGCAGCAACCCCGAGUCAGCCACGUGCUAUGCGCAAGGAAUCAUUCGGAUUCCCGGAAGCGGAUCCGUGGUCAAGUCCAGCUCUACACCGAGGCCAUGAGCAUAUUGUGGAACCUGGUGCGCCUCCAAUCAACGGGGCGACUUUAUCAAGCGCCGGGAUGCCAGGACGAACAACAAGCGCCUUCACAACGGCGUCUGACAAUACCAGCUCCCCCCCUCCAAGCAACCAUAUAGGAGAGCGACCAACUACAGGUGGAACAGCUGGCUGGGGAGCAUACAAUGGGUCUUCACACGAUGGGUUCUCUGGUGCAGGACUAGGAGAUGGGUUUGGAAACGAGGGAGGAGACGAGGCCAAUCGCAAUCCGGGUGGCUUGGGAAGAUCCCUAGGAGGAGGCCGGGUUGCAGGCAGUGGCGUAGAAGAAGUUAUCACCGUGACGGCGAUUGCUGAAAAAGAGGGCAUGUUUUUAUUCCAGCAUCGAAACUACGAAGUUACCAGCGCCCGCCGCAACAGCAAGGUUAUACGAAGAUACAGCGAUUUUGUAUGGCUGUUGGAUUGUCUACACAAGAGGUAUCCGUUCCGACAGCUUCCGCUACUACCACCGAAACGCGUUGCCAUCAACGGAAACUACUUAGCUGCAGAUGCUUCGUUUGUCGAGAAGCGACGUCGUGGCCUGGCGCGGUUUGCAAACGCUCUUGUCCGCCAUCCAGUACUCUCGCAGGAGCAGCUAGUUGUGAUGUUCCUCACAGUACCAACGGAGUUGGCUGUAUGGCGUAAACAAGCUACGAUAUCUGUCCAGGAAGAAUUUACUGGAAAAUCUCUGCCGCCUAGCCUGGAAGACUCUCUUCCUCAGAACCUACAGGAUCUGUUUGACCAAGUACGAUCGGGCGUCAGGAGAUCCGCAGAGACAUACAUCAAUCUGUGUAACCUCAUGGAGCGGCUCUGCAAGCGUAACGAAGGGCUGGCGGCUGAAUACCUUCGAUUCUCCCUCGCCCUACAAACCCUGACCGAGGCAUCAUCGGACACAUACGCUGUUGAUGCCAACGACGUUCCUAUGCUCAACGAAGGCUUGAACUCUACGGCGAAGCAUCUCUCAGCAAGCCAGGCCUUACUGGAAGAUGAGGGUCGGGCUUGGGACGAAGGCGUCUUGGAGGAUCUGAAAAGGCAAAGGGACUGCCUUGUCAGCAUGCGGGACCUGUUUGAUCGGCGAGACCGCUACGCCAAGGACAACAUUCCUCAGCUGGAGAAGAGGAUACAGAACAACGAAAACAAGUUGCAGGCCAUCAGAAACAAGCCGGAGGCUUUGCAGAAGCCUAAUGAGGCGGAGAAGGUUGAGGAGGCUAUUGUACGAGACAAACAAUCAAUCGUCGCCCAACACGCCCGCGGCGUCUUCAUCAAAGAAUGCGUGCGAGACGAACUCCUCUUCUUCCAGCAUUCGCAGUAUCAUAUCAGCAGGCUACACCAAGAUUGGAGCCAGGAGCGCGUAAAGUACGCGGAGCUGCAGGCGGAUAAUUGGAGGGGGUUGAGUGAGGAGGUUGAGAGCAUGCCUAUUGGAGACUAGACGGCGGCAGUUGUAAUCUUCGGCGUCUGUAAUUUCUAGCUUGGGGUAUAUCGGAAGUCUGCUCUUAGGUUUCAUCUCUAGCUCUCUCGGCGGCUCAGAUGACUGUACAGUUCGAGGUGCGCGCAGCAGUUUUGGGGGUUUGCGUGCAUAUUUGUAGUCGAUAUUCCGGGGAGGUCUACUGUCUCGUAAGAAGCAAAUUGAGGUCCUAAACCAUGAAGCUGUUGCUCCAGUACAUGGUUAUAACAUGGCUAUAGAUAUCCGCAAGGCGCCACAAGCGGUGGCAGAAAGAGACACGGUCUGAUCGGG